AUGGUAUUUUUCCAUCAAUAUUUUCUUAUCUUUGCACUAUGCACUCUCUAUGUGGAAUCAGCUAACCCGAUUGCACAAUUCUGCAAUGAAUUCUCAUACACCAUCACCCCUGAACUAUCCCAAAACAUAGAUUCUGUUAAAGCCAAACUGAUUCAAAACACCCCUCAAACAGGCUUUAAUAUUACGGAAUUCGGAGAUGAGGGGAAAGAAGUAAACGGGAUAGCCCAAUGCCGAGGAGACGUGCCCAGCCAAGAGUGCACAGCUUGUCUCCAAACCGCCGCAAAAGAAGCCAAAAAAAUGUGUCCAAACCAGGUCGAGGCUUUGCUAUGGUAUGAGUAUUGCUUCUUAAGGUAUGGCACUAGAAACGUGAUAGGGGACGACAGUCUGGACUACAGAGUGGUUCAAUAUAACGUUGAAUACGUGACCAACCCGAAACUUUUUAAAGAAAUCCUCACAGAACUUACUUCGAAGAUAAAGAAUGUUUCGCUUGAGCCAGAUAGCAAAGGGUUCGGGAAAGGAGAGGCCAAGUUGUCGAAUUCUGAGACACUUUAUGCAAUGUCUCAGUGUACACGUGAUACGUCCAUGCGUUAUUGUGAGCAGUGUUUAACAAUCGCUAUUGAGACGACUGGAAGUCUUUGUGAGAACAAGAAAGGGUGCAGAAUUAUACAGAGUACGUGCUAUCUUAGGUAUGAAUUAUAUCCGUUUCUUUACGGCACUGAAAGGAAGUUGUCUCUUGAAAACUCUUCGAUGACAAAAUACUUAACAGUAGUUAGAAAACCCUGA